GGAAGCUUUCUUCAAGUUGUUUCUAGAACUCUCUUGCAGACACACUUCCCUGUGUUGGGUAAAUGGUCAAGAGGCCCUUUUCUGAACCUGCUUGGAAGGGUAAGGCCUUGUAGAGUCUGUGACAUGGAGGCCUUGGAAGUGGAUGAUAUCAGCCCAGCCUUGGAAGUUACAGAAGAUUUCUUCAGUUCUUUCGAUACUAAGCUUGAAAAGGCUGUACAACAAGCAGAGGUUUAUGGGAUUCAGGAAGUCCCUGAACUGGUAGGGCACGAAGUUUUCAGUAACAUACCAGACAAUGGUGCUAUCAGAAAUGUAGCCUCCCUGGGCAAAGGGGGCAUGAUUUGGGACCACUGUAACAGCAGGCUCUUAGAAACCAAAGCUCACAAUGUCUUUCCUGCCAAAGAACAGUUUCUGGUCCAGAGGGGAACAGCUCCAGAUAACCUUUCCUGGAUGGAACAAAAGGAAGCAUCAACCUUCAAUUUUUUCAACAUUUGCCAGCGUCGGAGGGAAAGACCUCGUUCUGUGAAUGACUUACUGGACGAGACCUCUACUUUCAAGCCAGGGCACACACGCUCCAGGUCAGAUGUCACUCAAGUGGACUGGAGGGUCGUCCUCAAAUCCACGCCUUUGCAGCAGCCACAGCAGCAGUCGUCUCUGCCGGGCCCUCACUUCACCAGGCCGUCUUUUCUGUUACCUUCCCCAAAUAAGUUAGAAGAUGCACAAGGAAAUACUGAACACAAGCAGACAUUCCCAAACAUCCUGAAGAAAGGUUACCUAGAGAUUAGGAAGGACCAUGACAGUUACUGGCAAAGCUGUUAUGCGGAACUGUCACCCUACAACUUAUACUUCUACAACCUCGACAGCAGUGGGAACCAGAACCUUUAUGCCACGUACCAGCUUUCCCACUUCCAGAGCAUCUCUGUCCUGGGCAACCUGGAGGCCAGGUUGGUGGACACUGUCCUGUACGACAACACUCAGCUCCAGCUAAAGGCAGAGUCACCGUGGGAGGCUUUGGACUGGGGACAGAAGCUCUGGGAGGUCGUGCAUGCGGCCCGGCCGGGUUACAUGGUCCGGCAGGACGAGCUGGCAAACUCACCGGGACUCGGCCACAACGUUGACAAUACACAGAAUCACUGUUUACAGAAGAAAUGCAGUGGACUGCUGCCAUCGUCACCUGCCCCAGAAGGCCCCACACAGUACCAAAACAUCCUCAAGUCAGGGACACUGUACAGGCUGACUGUCCAGAACAACUGGAAGGCCUUUACCUUUGUGCUGAGCAGGGCCUACCUUAUGGCCUUUCAGCCCGGCAAGCUUGACGAGGACCCGCUGCUCAGCUACAACGUGGACGUGUGCCUGGCCGUCCAGAUGGACACCCUGGAUGGCUGCGACUCUUGCUUCCAAGUCAUCUUCCCCCAGGACGUCCUCCGCCUCCGGGCCGAGACCCGGCAGAAGGCGCAGGAGUGGAUGGAGGCCCUGAAAACGGCUGCCAAUGCCGAGAGGAGUGCGGAGCAAAACCUACAGGUCACCCUGAGGAACAAAUCUAAGGAGCAGCCGGGCGGGCAUGACCUCAGGAAGAACAAACGCCAGUCCGUGACCACCAGCUUCCUGAGCAUCCUGACCACGUUGUCUCUGGAACGAGGACUCACUGCUCAGAGUUUCAAAUGUGCAGGUUGCCAGAGAUCCAUAGGCCUUUCCAACGGGAAGGCUAAGGUGUGCAAUUACAGUGGCUGGUACUACUGCAGCAGCUGCCAUGUGGACGACAGCUUCCUCAUCCCAGCUCGCAUAGUCCACAACUGGGAUACUUCAAAAUACAAGGUGUCCAAGCAGGCCAAAGAGUUUCUGGAGUACGUGUACGAGGAGCCCCUGAUCGACAUCCAGCAGGAGAACCCCAUGCUGUACCUGCACGCCGAGCCCCUGGCCGCCGUGGUGCGCCUGCGCCAGCGCCUCAAGUCACUCCGGGCCUAUCUGUUCAGCUGCCGGGCCGCAGUGGCCGAGGACCUGCGCCGAAGGAUUUUCCCGAGAGAAUAUCUCCUCCAGCAGAUCCACCUGUAUUCCCUUGCCGAUCUGCAACAGGUAAUAGAAGGGAAGCUGGCUCCAUUCUUGGGCAAAGUCAUUAAAUUUGCCACCUCACACGUGUACAGCUGCAGUCUGUGUAGCCAGAAGGGAUUCAUCUGCGAAAUCUGUAACAAUGGAGAGAUUCUCUACCCUUUUGAGGACAUUUCAACAAGCAGGUGUGAAAGCUGUGGAGCUGUUUUCCAUUCGGAAUGCAAAGAAAAGUCUGUCCCCUGCCCGAGGUGUGUCCGCCGAGAACUACAGAAGAAGCAGAAGUCUUUCUGGCGGAGGCUGAACAUGGACGAGAGUCUGGAGGAGGCGUGCAGCAUGUUUGAGCUGUCCUUCCAGAACACCUGACCAGCGGGACCCCAGGCCAGAGAUUCACGUAGCCAUGACCUGACAGCCCUCAGUGGCUUCCUAACUACCCAGUUAGACC